AGUACUUUUGCCUUGCAGGUACCACAUUGAUUCCCCUGCUUAUUUUUGAGUACCUCUUCCCAGCAUCAAAGUUGGUGCAGGAAGGGGGACUAGGGAUGGAUUCCCUCACUGCUAGCAAAAACUAUUGGGCCAAGUGCACUGGAAAGGAAUCCAGGCAUGCAGCUUAUCACCUCCUUGUUCAGCUUGUUAUGGCCUCACAGCAAAACCUGGAAGCUCUUGUUGAGCAUCUUGUCACCCUUCAUCAUACUCUUAAUCCAGAUUCCCUUAAAGAAUUUCAGUAUGCUCCUGCUGUGGAUGGACGAGGUUCCAGUGGCUUUGUUGGCUUGAAGAAUGGGGGAGCUACUUGUUACAUGAACUCAGUUCUCCAACACCUGUUUUUGAUACCAGGGGUGGCAGAAGAUAUCUUGGCAGUGUGCAGUGACAAGGAGAAUGAGGAUAGUUUGUUCUACCAGCUCCAGAUGGUGUUUGCCCAUCUUAUGGAGUCACAGCUGCAGUACUAUGUGCCAGACAAAUUCUGGAAGUGCUUCAGGAUGGAUGGACAACCAGUGAAUGUCAGAGAGCAGCAAGAUGCAUUUGAGUUCUACACAAGAUUGACAGAACAAGUGGAUGAUUAUCUAAAGAGUCAGGCUAAAGAGAAAGUGUUUGCUCAAAGAUUUGGGGGUGUUUAUUCCAUCCAAAGAAUAUGUCAAGACUGCCCACACAGAUAUGAGAGAGAGGAGCCAUUCCUUGCCCUGAACCUGACAGUCACAAAAUGCCAUGACCUUCAGGAUUCACUUGACCAGUUUGUAAAGGGAGAGCUGCUGGAGGGGGACAAUGCUUACUACUGUGAGAAAUGUAAUCAAAAGAGAACUGCACUUAUUAGAACUUGCGUCAAAACCCUUCCUCCAGUUUUAGUAAUACAGCUGAAGAGGUUUGGGUAUGACUGGGAAGCCUCAAGAGCCCUCAAAUUUGAUGACUAUUUCAAAUUUCCAUGGAUUCUAGAUAUGGGAAACUAUACAGCUGAUGGCCUGGCAGAGCAGGAAGAGGAGCUGAGUAGUGGUUGUGGAAGCAGAGGUGCUACUCCCUCUCCUGAUCCUAAAGAUUCUGAAUCUUCCAUAAACUUGUCAGUUACUGCCACCUCCAGUACCCACUCACCCUUAAAGGCUAGGAAGUCAGGCAUCACCUCAGGCCACACCCCAAAGAUAUCUGCUAGACUAAGACAUAAGGGAGCCAUCUAUGAGCUUGUUGGGGUCAUUGUGCACAGUGGGCAGGCCAGUGCAGGACACUAUUACUCUUACAUCAAGGAUCGAAGAGGGGACUCCUUAACUAACCCAAACAAUGGUCAUUGGUUCAAAUUCAAUGAUACUACAGUAGAGGAAGUGGAUAUGUGCGAUGCACUCCUGGAACAAGAAUGUUUUGGUGGAACAUACAAAGCAAAGGUCUCUUAUGAUUCUUCCAACCCUCUUCCUGAAGACCGUUUAAGGUACUGGAAUGCUUACAUGCUUGUGUAUGAUAGCCUAGAUGACCGAUUGUCUACCCCAAAGACGCCCAAGACACCACGAAUGGGUGCCACCUCACGCUCAUUCAGGGCAUCCACAAGCAGUGCAAAGAAGAGCUUUUCAAUCAGUGGAACUUCCAGCGAGAUUAGAGCACGCUCUAGCUUGUGUGAGCUGAGCCAGUUGCUACAGCAAGGAGAGAGGCAAGGAGUGUUCCGAGAAUACAUGCCUCCACGCAUCAUGUCUGCUAUCACCUAUGAAAACCUCACUUUCCUCAAGAACCGUGAUGUUUUCUGCAAAGAUUAUUAUACCUUUAUUCAGCAAAUAUGUUCUGCUAAUACAGGAAGUGGCCAGUUUGAUGUUGCAGUACCCAUCUCCAUUGAAGUAGUAAGUUUAGGAGUAAACUUCCUGCUCAAUACUUAUCUCCGAACCAAAGACAAGGAGGAUGCAGUGAUUACUCAUUGGGUGGAGAUGCUCAGCUCAUGGGUGAAGCACUCCAAGGAGGCAUCUGGUUGGUGUGUCAAAUACUUUUCUAGCGAAGAUGGUGUAUCCCAUAUCCAGCCUCUGCUUCUGGAGGCUCCUGACAAGAUGACUCGUGGACACUUCAGCAACUUACUGGGCUCCAUAUUCAAGGCUGAGUAUGAACACUGUGGUAGUGUUGACACUCUGCAGACUGUGAUGAAGCACCUCCUGUCCCUGCUUGCCACUGAAGUGCCAGCAGCUAUCAAAACAUCAUAUCACUACUUUUUCCUUCUGUACAAUUACUGCCAGCAGGGCAUACAUCAUUGCAAACAAUUCCUAUCUCUUGGUGGAUUUUCAAGUCUCCUCAGUUUCUUGCUUGGUCCAUCUGACCUUGAGAAGCGCCGCUGGGCCCCUAUGCAGGCUCAGGAGUUUGGACCACUGCAUUCCAUCAUUGCAACCAUAAUCAAUGCUUGUGAUUUGAUCCCUUUCCAGACCACAGAAUCUUCCAGCAACCAGAAGACUGAGGGUGAGGCAGACAAGCUGGUGAUGCCAGUGGAGGUGGCUCAAGUAGUAUAUGGAGCAGAGCAGCCACGUUGGCUAAGAGAGGUUGUCCUUGCAUACAAAGAGAUCAAUGGUAGCAUACCCCAGAUGACAGCAGCACUCAUUGCAACUGCAAAGGAAAAUUCAUCUUUCACCAGAGCUUUGCUGACAGCAGUUAUGAGAGAAUAUUCUAAACCUCCUUCAAACAUACUGAAGGAACUUUCAUCUCUUAUAAUGGAAAUGUUGAGUAUCAGUGAUUCUCUUCAGUCAAGCCGCACAACUGCUGUCUUGGAAGGCUUUGUGUGCUCAGAAUCUGAGAAUGUGAUGGGCCUUUUGGAUAUGAUAGGAAUAAAUAAAGACAGUUAUAGCAGACGAGCUUACCAGUGCAUCAAGCUUGUGGUGGCACUGUCUGCCCGGUGCCCUGUAGCUCGUGACCACCUAACAAGGACACAGGUUCGUUGGCAGUGGGCUGUGGAAUGGCUGAAGGAAAAGAUGGAUGACCACUCUGCCACUCUUUCAACAGCUGCAAGUCUUAGUAAUGAAGACUCCAACACCAAGAACUUCCAGCGGACAACCAGUGCACAGCUAACAUUGGAAGAGGCCACAGCUCUACUAAGUGAGAUGGAAUCGUCAGAGAUGGAAAUUGACUGUGAGCUAUCUGAACUUGGAGACAUAAAGGAGAGUGCAUCAGAGCAUGAAAAUUCACCUUCACAAGACCUGGAUGGAAUUGAUCCUUAAUUCACAUGAGGAAAUGCAUACUAGUUAUUACUUGUUGAAUUGCUGUCUUCCAUGAGAGAACAACCUUAAAAUAAAAAAAAAAAUAAAAUAAAUUUAGGCACAUUUUCUAAUAGUGACAAGGCUGCCAGAAAACAUUGUCAGGUCUUGAUAAUAAAGGAACUAUAAUGCUAAAAUUUGUGAAGUUAUAAUCUUUCUAUUGGCUGCUUCAUGUGGCAAAUGAGUUAUUUUACUUUAUUAAUUCUUAACAUACAUGAAUAAAUGUAAAGAUUUGUGAUUAAAAGUUUAUUUGGGAUCUUGUUUAUGGGAAUUAUUUUGAUUAAUUUUACUAUAGAAAUACAUUAUUGCAUGCCCUUGAACAUACAAGAAUUUUACAGUUUAUAACCAAGUUGUUCAAAAUUAUCAUUGUUGACACCACAAGUGCCAUAAUUUGUUGAAUUAGAGUGAUUAAGUACAUCAUUGUGUCACUGAGUUCAUUGUUUAUGGAGGUGAUGAUGCCUCUUUUUUUAUAUUCUGUCUUUUCUUUUCUCUUCUUAUGUGACUUAUCUUGAGAAAAUACUUCUUGCAUUCUCUUGAGAUUUAUUGGAGGUAAUUGACCAAAGAUUCCUCCCUUUUAAAUGAAAAUGUUAUUUUUAAAAACAGAGGAUUUAUGAAAAUGGUAAUACAACUGUAGAUUAAAUCUUCACUACAAGUACUGAAGAUUUCCAUUGUAUGUACAUACAGAUUUACAUUUUUUACUGUGCAUUACCCACUUUGCAAAUCCUUUGGCCAUAAUAAAGGUACCAAUGCAUAGUA